AUGGACUUCGCGCCAUCCAUGACGCAAUCUUCGCCGCCAGAUGCGCCAGCAGGCACGGCUGACCACCCUGCGCCUCUUGCACAGGCGGCUCUCCCAUCAACAAGCUGUGCAGAUCAGCCCCUUCCCUCACAUGCUGCCCCGGUGCCUGCGGCCGGUCAGCAGCAGCUAGAGAUAGAGGAGGGAAGCAGCGAUAUCAUGAACGUAAGCAAACAACAGCAUGGCAAACACACAAACCACGGGUGUUUUGUGUUUCAGUAUCGCAAACGGCAGCGUAAGCGUUGGGAAGCCCAGCAGCAGCUGCAACAGGAGGCAAGUGCAGCAGCAGCUGGGGAUGAGGGAGAGGAGGCGCGCAAGACGUCCCGGACGUCGCUGACAUCUUCGCCUGCAGCACGGCCGGGGUGUGUCGUGUGCGCAUCGUCUGUGGCAGCUGCUCCAUCUGAAGCGAAAGCCUAGUUGCAGCUUCUGUCCUGGUAUGUGUGCUGGUGUGUACGUGGAGGCAGGAAGAGAGCCGCCAUAGCUACCUACAAUGUGUUGUGCUUGUGACUGAAUCAGGAAUGUGGACGGGUGCGACAAGAGGGAUUUAGAUGUGCGGCAGGCGGCCGUCUAUGAGUGGAUCAAGGAGAACAAGCCAGACAUCGUCUUCCUCCAGGAGGUCGUCAACACAACGCUGGUCGGUAGACCUGUCACGAUAACAACACAAUACAUGCGACAAGAUACAUGCGUGCCCAUUCACAGUGCACUUGCGUUGUUCUGCAGACCAUCCUGCGCAAGCAUCUGUCAUACACAUAUGAGAUAAUCACACCCAAACACCAACUGUGAGCGACAGGAUGGAUGCUUACACACUCACCAUUGCCUGUCUGUCUGACUGUCAUUUGUUUGCUUGCGUCAGGUUCAGCGAACAGCCGCCUUGCAAGUCGUGUCCUCAUGUUUGUGCCAUCCUGCUGGCCAAACAGUCCACGCGGCCGUGCAGCGAGCCGUCGACCUUGUGGUACCCCAACAGCAACAUGCGGUGGGUGCCAACCGCCAUCUCCCAGCGAACCGAUGUUCGUUGGGUCAUUCUGCACGCACCUCACCUGCUGUGUCUUCCUGUCCUGUCAUGCAGGCAUUUGCUGAGCAUCCGUGCUCGCCCUACAGCCGCCGCGGCAGCACAUGCGGAGGUAUCAGUCAGCCGGGCACAUGUCUGGAUGCCAUGUCCGCGGUAUCGCUUGAUUGCCUGCUUCUCUCUUCAGUUGAAGCUGGCUACGAGCCACAUGGAGAGCUUGAAGCACAGUAGCUAUCAACGUGUAGACCAACUGCACAGGACCGUCGAACUCAUGGACCGGUACGAAGCGCAGAGCAGCACACAGAAGUGUGCAUCAGAUCUGGGCUGCAUGCAGGUGUCGGGACGACACCGCCACGCCCAACGUGUGUACGGUCAUCGUAGGAGGCGCCCUCAAUCUGCGAGACUGGGAGGUGAAUUGUGCAGGUACUCUUUUCUGCCGUGGAGAUACCAAAUAUCCCGUCAUGUUUCCCUUUUUCUCGCCUCUGUAUGUGUUUGUGUGCAGGCAGCAUGCCCCCUCACAUUCAUGACGUGUGGGAGCUGCUGGGCAGGCCCGAGGGCUGUGGCGGCACGUGGAAACCUCACGGCGACAGCCACGUUUCCCGCCGGUUUGACAGGCUGCUGAUCACACACCGGAGCCAGGCAGCACCUGCCUGCCGGUGGCAGCCCGUGUCGAUGGAGCUGGUGGGCAGUGGCCGCUUGCUGUACGGCAGUGGCCCCUUCAUCUCGGAUCACUGCGGGGUGCUGGUGCAGCUGCAGCUCAGCUGA